AUGAGUCUCUCAAAUCCACGGAGGCGGCUGCUCCGGUCAGCCACCUCCCUCCUCCCCCAUUCCCACUUCCACCCUCUCCUCGCCUGUCCUCAUCUCAACCAGCGGCGAACCGCCAUUACAGACUUCCUCAAGAAUCCCUUCAGGUCUCGCCGAAGACGCAAAUUCCUCGAUCUUUCCUCCCCAGAGGUCCUCAACGCAAACGAAAUUCAAAAAGCCAAGGAAGAAAAAGAGCGCUCCAAGCUCCCCAAAACUGGCGGUCUAGCACCCGGUUCUAUCCUCGAUACUCUUUCGCCGACCACCGGUCCACGGAUUGAAGACACAGGCGUCAUCCGCGACCCGGAGAACAUGGCAGCGGUGCUCGACCCGACGCCCCGAGCUCGGGAAAAAUGGCAGCGGAGGAUGGUGAUUCGAGAGAUCCGGGGCCGGGGACGGUUGACCAAGACGGUGAAGCUGGCGAGGACGGAGCGGAGCCAUCUGAGCAAGAGCGAGUUCUUCAAGACGAGUGUGAAGAAGCUGUUCCCGCUCGCGAACCAGAUUGCGGGAAAACCGUUGAGCGAGGCGAUGGUGCAGAUGCGCUUCAGUAAGAAGAAGGCCGCGCAGGAUGUCCUGAGGCAUUUGGAGUAUGCGAGGGAUCAGGCGGUUGUGAUGAGGGGGAUGGGGUUGGGGAAGGUGCAGGCUCAGGCCCAGCAGGCGGAGGGGGGGGAGGUCGUGGAUGGUCGGGAGGCGGAGAGGGGGCAAGAAUCGGCGCGGGAAGAAGAGAGGUUGCUGGUGGAAGAUAAGAAGGGCAAGAAGAGGGUCGUUACCGACCGCACGGCUAUGUAUGUCGACCAGGCCUGGGUUGGAAGGGGGGCCUAUGGGUGGGGAGUAGAGUAUAGGGCCAGGGGCACUUCGAACAGGUUGAGGUUGCCUUAUACCAGUAUAUCCGUGGUGCUGAAGGAGGAGGCGACGCGGAUACGGCAAGCGGAGGACAGGGAGCUGAAGAGGCAGAAGAAGAAGGUCUGGGUACCAUUGCCUGAUAGACCCGUUACGGCGCAGAGGCAAUAUCCUUUGUGGUGA